UCAUCGUGCAGUUUAAUACACUCGAUACACGGGAUGAACAGGUUGUUCAGGGCGCUGUUUGGAGGGGGGAGACAGGCAAGGUUACCGGAACCUAUAAAACGACGAACCUGCGCUAAAAACCUGUCCAAACGAGUAUAGGACUCUCAAUUGUGCGCCGAGGAUCGGCGAUGGUAGUUGGAUCUUAGCGUCUUUCCAUCUGCGAAUCCGUGCUAAUAAUAAUACAUUAUUCGCAUAAUCGUAAAGUGAACGUUCGGCCAAAUUUUGCACCGGUGUCAGUGACUGCGGAGCGAAUAGACCAUGAUACCGGUCCUCCUGGGAUUGCUUGCUCUGGGUGGAGCGAGGGGUUCGCCAUCGCCGUCGACGUCGGGAUCGGGAACGUCGGAUACGUCGAGGGCGGACACGACGCCGUCAGCCUCGUCGGCGCUCGGCGCUCUCUACCGACAGGCUCGUUCCGACCAAUAUUACACGAGCAGAUACGCCGGGGACGGUUUAUCUGUGAGUUCAGGAACAAUCGGCACCCGGAGUCCGGAUUCCAACGAGCCGAGAGACGCCGCCUAUUUCGAAUCACGAUGCAUCACCUGCGACCCGAACAAGUCCUCGGCGUCCAGCGCCUCCGAUCGUGGGUACAGACCGAAGCCACGAUACGACUGGUACGAUUACGAUCUUGAGGAUCGAAGGUCGCCCGUCAGCUACAGAGAUCGAUACGACGACUACGAUCGCGGCAGGUCACCUGGGUACGAUUACGAUCAACGUUACAAUCGAUUCGGAAGAUACGAUUUACGGCCCAUCUACUAUGGCGACCGAUACGACAGUCGCUACGACCGCGAUCGAAUCUACGAUCGAGACCCAGGCUACGACCGGAACUACGAUCGAGGUUACUACGAGCGAGGAAACGGAUACGACAAUCUGGAUUCUCGCUACCCUUACGAGAGCCGGGAAGAAGUCCGGUAUUACAGCCCCUCCAGGAGGCCAAGCUAUCACGAGGAUCCGUACAUGCCGCGAUACGACCGACGAAAUCGGUACGGAAAUCGAUACGAGCAGACCUACGACAGGUAUGAUCCUUACGACAGGAUCUACAGCAGGAAACCCGCCCUCGACGAUCGCUACAGCUAUGACAGAUUCGGAAGCAGGGGAGGCAGCGUCGGCGUCGGGUACGGAGGCGGUGCAGCAGGUGGAGGCGCAGGUGCAGGAUACUUUACUUCAGGUACAUCCGGAAGCUGGGGACCAGGAUACGACCGUGGAUACGCCAGCGCCUGGAACUACGCUGGGAGCAGGGACAGGGAAAGGGAAAGGGAAAGGGACAGGGACAACUGGAGGGACAGGGACUUCAACAGAGAUCGUGAUCCAGGAUACUAUCGACCGAGGGAUUAUUUCUACGACAGCACCGCAGCCCCGGGCGCUUCCCGGGGUACGAGCUACCUCCACGACCGACCUGAGUCCUCGACACCGUCGAACAGCAUCGGUCAGGAAUCAGCAACAAACUCACCCAAGUCGCAGGACAGUAACAAAGUAUACAAGGAUUAGGAGAUUAGGGAUUAAGUCGCAUUAAAAGUUGUCCAAAUAACAGAA